AUGGUGAAGUUUGGACAUGAGUUAAGUGCCAACAUGAUACAAGAAUGGAAGGAGGAGUACAUGGAUUAUGGCGGAUUGAAGAAGCUGAUAAAGAUGAUGAAGGAGUCAAAGAUUUCAAACAGGAAAGUUAAGAAGAUGGCAAAGAAAAUACAUGAGAGAAUGUCUUCUUCAAGCUCAAACUGCAGAAACUCCAUGUCUAACUCAGUUUCAUCCAUCGGAAAGAAAUUCACCUCCUUCCUCUCGCCUACUAAGGAUAUCAUUCAGCUAAGGAAGAUAAACACAGUGAAUAGUGAAGAAGGAAUCUACGAAUACAAAACCGAUGUUUUGUCACUGUCUUCCCAAGAUAACGUAUCUCGGUUUUUUGUGAGCCUUGAUGUCGAGCUGAACAAAAUUAACUCUUUUUUUAUCAAAAAAGAGAGCGAAUUUUCGGAAAGAGAAGAUACAUUAAAGAAGCUGCUUCAGAUUCUGUUGGAUUUUAAAAAAAUUAUUAUGGACCGAAGACAUCUGACAAAUAUUGCUCAAGAAGCUCCUCCUCAAACACAAGAUUCUAAUUCGUUAGAAUUUAUUUCCAUUACAAAUGAGCUUAGGGAGGAUUUAGUGAAUCAUCCAACACGAGAUUUUCAUCAGGAGAUUCACAAUGCCCAUAAAGUUCUUAGAAGUGCAUUUGUUGAAUUCUACCAAAGCCUCGAUUCACUCAAGAUUUACAGCUCACUUAAUAUGACCGCUUUUUCAAAGAUACUGAAAAAAUUUGACAAGGUGUCUUCCCAAAAAGUUUCUGAAAGUUAUUUGAAAGCGAUGCAAAAAUCUCGAUUUGUUAGUUGUGAUAAGGUUGUUAGGCUAAUGGAUGAAAUGGAGUCCAAAUUCUCAAAGCACUUCACCAACAAUGACAAGAAAAAGACAAUGAAGUUUUUAAAACCCAAGCAAAAUAAAGAUUCAAAUAUGAUGAAUUUUUUUGUUGGAUUGUCUGCAGGAUGUUUCGUAACUUUGUUUUGUGUGUACGCACUUUUGGCACAUUUCUAUGGCGUAUUCUCUCACAGUAACGAAAAAGGCUACAUGAAAAUUAUGUUUCCUAUUUUGAGUGUGUUCACAUUGUUAAGUCUACAUCUAUUUUUGUAUGGAUGUAACUUAUACAUGUGGGAGAGAACGAGAAUCAACUACAAUUUAAUUUUUGAUUUCUCUCCAAGAAAAUCACUUCAUUAUAGAGAUGUAUUUUUGGCAUGCUCUACAUUGAUGACCAUUGUGUUUGGAGCAAUGGUUAUACAUCUUAUUUUAGGUGCUGCAGGCUUCUCUAUAUGCAAAAGUGCUAUAUUUCCGGGAAUUGUACUUCUGUUUUUCAUAGGUCUACUAAUUUUCCCCUUUAACAUUUUCUAUCGCCCUACACGUUACUUCUUCAUCCGUGCCAUUUGCAAGAUUAUAUGUUCUUUAUUUUUUAAGGUUAUGUUAAUUGAUGUGUUUAUGGCAGAUCAACUAACUAGCCAGAUUCCACUGAUAAGGCAUUUGGGAGCUACCGGUUAUAACUUUUUUCUUGAAGUUUUGAAAAUACAUCCUCGUGAAACCCGCAAUUCAAGAAGAAUUUAUAUGGAGAUUAUAUAUUUCAUCUCAUUCUUUCCAUAUUUGUGUCGUGCAUUUCAAUGUAUUAGACGGUGGUACGAUGACGGUGAUCUCAAUAAUUUGGCUAAUAUGGUAAAGUAUGUUUCCGCAAUAGUGGCCGGAGGAACUAGAGUUGCAUACAAGAGACAACAUGGCCACCUAUGGCUUGCUAUUUGCGUCAUCACCUCUUUCGUGACGGGGUUUUACAAUACCUAUUGGGACAUCGUCAAAGACGGUGACUUUUGCAAUUUUCAAUCUACAAAUCGAGGGCUUAGAGAUAAUUUGGUUUUAAAGAAUAAAAGGAUAUACUUUGUAUCAAUUGCCUUAAAUAUCAUUUUGAGGGGGGCAUGGGUACAUAGUACCAUACUUUUCGAAGCUGGGCCUGCUAAAGUGGGACUGCUAGAGUUUUCGAUGGCUGUUCUAGAAGUUAUUCGAAGAGGCCAUUGGAGUUUUUACAGGGUCGAAGUUGAACAGGCAAGAAUCAAUGCCCGGCAGUGAAGACAGAUUUGAUCAAUUUGGUUUUGUCAAUGUUAGUUAGAGUACUGUUGACUCAACUUGGUUUCUUAAGUGCCAAGUAAUCCAUAGGAUGAAAUUAAUUAGAAUAUUGGCCCAUGGUGUGUUAGAUGUGAUCAUGUUUUGGCCAAGAGAGGGUGAGGCAACUUGCUUUUUAAUGUACUUGAUUUUUUCUGAGGCCAAGUUGCAGGUGCAGAUAUAGGUGUGCCAACUUUCUCCCAAGACAGUGUCGCUAACUUCCCUGUGUCAAUGUUCUUGUGCAUUCAAAAUUUUUGAAAAAAGUUGUUGACUAGUCAGUAGUCAUAGA